GAAAUAUGCUAUUAAUUGCAGCAGACAUCGGUAACAUAUUAUUAGCCUCAAAUAUAAAUAGUGAACAAAGAGCGUUCUGUGUACUUUUAUUUUGGAGAAAAGUAGACUAGUUCAUCCGGUGUCUUCGCGAGCUGAUAACAUUUUCCGGGGUAAAUUUCUCACCCCACGCCAGAAGUGACAGCAGAAUAAAAAUAGGCGAAGCUGUAUGAACUAAGGUCUUUACUUGCUGAAGAUAGACGUUCGUUCUUGUUAUUUUGUUGUUGUUUUUUUAAUCUGGAUGAAAAUGGUGUUUUACUUCACAAGUUCCGUGGUGGAACCCCCUUACACUAUUUACAUGGGCAAAGACAAGUAUGAAAAUGAAGAUCUCAUCAAGUAUGGCUGGCCUGAAGACAUCUGGUUCCAUGUGGACAAACUGUCUUCAGCUCACGUUUAUCUCCGCUUGCCAAAGGGCCACACCAUAGACAAUAUCCCCCCAGAAGUGUUGGUAGACUGCGCGCAGCUGGUGAAGAACAACAGCAUUCAAGGCUGCAAGAUGAACAACAUCAACGUGGUUUACACGCCGUGGGCCAACCUGAAGAAAACGGGAGACAUGGAUGUCGGACAGAUUGGCUUCCAUCGACAGAAGGAGGUGAAGACCGUGGCGGUGGAGAAGAAGGUCAAUGAGAUUGUGAACCGUCUGGAGAAAACCAAAGACGAGCGCUACCCGGACCUGGCGGCCGAGAAGGAGUCACGAGACAGAGAGGAGAGGAACGAAAAGAAAGCUCUGCUGCAGGAGCAGAAGAGACGUGAGAAGGAGGAGCAGAAGAAGAAGAAGGAGAUGGAGGAGCUCAAGAACUACACGUCACUGAUGAAGAGUGAAAAGAUGCAGACCAACGAGGAUGGCUACGACUCGGACGACUUCAUGUGAGCCGUCCCCCACGCCGCUCCACCACCGAGAUGCUCAGCUCGCUAAGAACAGCAUAGCAUUGACACUGAGAUGAAAAAACAACGGAGCAGUGAGAAGGUCAGCGACAGGCAGAACAGGCAGAAGCGGGACUCCACGGACCCCCACCCGACACCCCCACCCACAUGCUGCCUCCUCCAGAUGAUGACUGGAUCAGGUGCCGCUUGCAGACCAAACUCGAAGGACGUUCACGGUCCCCGGGACGAGCCGAGGAUGAUUUUAGGAGGACGGAAGGCUGAUGAUGAAUGAUGUCACACACAGCUGCUCCUCAAGGUGCUUUGCAUGUACACAAACAGCCAUGUUUGUUUGUUUUGUUGACUUGAAUAUCGCACUCGCGCUUCUUCUCACGUCUCUCAGUUUGCAUAGCUGCCUGCAAUGGAAGACAAAAUGAUUAUCGUGACAUAACGCAACACAACGUCAUGCUGUCGUACUGCCAUCCCAUAUGGUUUUGAUGAAAUAGGUCAUAAAUCCAGUGUGGCCCUUUGGCUUUAUUUCAUCUUUGACUAGCAUUUACACCGGGAUGGUGGCUGGCUCCUUCUUGGCUUUUUGGCGUCUGCCCACGUAAUCUAUACAUGUUUAACUGCAAAAAUGGAAAAUGAGCAGUACUUUUACAAGCAUAAAAUACUAUGAGGAAAUAAGUUGGAAUCAAGGGAGUAAAAUUUCAAACUUGUCAAGAAUAACAUAAUGAGCAAAAAUAACAUUUUAGUAGCAUAACAUUGAAAUAUUCAAGGGAAAAUGACUUAAAAAAAACUACAAUUUUAAUUUCAGGAAAAUUAGGUUAGAAAUAGUUAGAAUAUGAAAUGUAAAAACAGCAGAAAUUGAACUUUUGACAAUAAAAUCUUCUCACGUGAAAGAAA